GUGAGCAUAGCGGGGCGUCCUCGGGUGUAAGCGAUCACUCCUCUCCUGCUGAUUCAUACCUCUGCAUCGAUUUACCUUAUUUUUAGGAUUAAUGUCAUAGUGCAGAAUGUCCGAAAAACCACUUCGUGUUGGCCAGAGAGUCGAAGUCAUUGGCAAAGAUACGCUUGGAACAGUUGCUUAUGUGGGUAGCACACAUUUCUCCCAAGGGAAGUGGAUUGGUGUUAUCCUUGAUGAGAAGAAGGGCAAGAACAACGGAUCAGUGCAGGGCAAAUCUUACUUCCAGUGUGACGACGGGUGUGGUAUAUUUGUGCGCCAAAGUCAGCUGAUUGUGCUGGACUCGGAAGAGGACGGAGAGGAAGGUUCAUCGGCCACCACGCCCUCUGCCUCCUCUACAGCAACCACCCCUGCUAGUGACAAACCCAAGUCCAGUGUGCAGCGGCUGGAGAGGCGACCCUCCAGGUUUGGGGGUCAGCAAAGCAUGAAGCGGAGGGUUGAGCCGACGAGGUUACCAAUGUUUGGUAAAUUGUCGCAGUCCAGAGUGUAUGGUCCAGUCACCCCUAGCACCCCAGCCUCCUCAUAUCUUCCCAGGACUCCCUCACUCUCAAGUGUCUCAUCCUCUCCAUGCCCCUCUCCUCUUUCUAAGACUCCUUCGCAAACCUCGCUUAAAUCAUCAAAGUCUGACUUAAAUCAACUUAGUAAUUCCAAGUCAGACUUGACAAAAUCUGAGUCAUUGAGUAGUGUUUUUAAAGCCUCACGCAAGCUUGAUUUGUCAAAAGUGUCUUCCAAGAUAGACUCUGGAGACAAGUCAAUGUUAAAGAGACCACCCUCGGUCACGUCAAUUGACUCUACGGAAAAUGGCAUCAUCAGCCCCCGAAGCCCCUCUUCCAGGAGCACCCCAUUCCGUAAGCCCAUUGCACCCACCCCUUUGAAGUCCACCAACUCCCGGAAGAGCGAAUCACAGGCCAAGUUGCCAAUAGGAAAUCCAGGUAAAGGAGGGGGCUCUCAGUAUAACCGGGAUGACAAGACUCCCAGCAAGGAGUCAUCUCCACGAGCUGACAUGAAGAAGCCGGCAGCCUUUAUUGAAGCCAGGCCAAGUCCUCGUUCUGGCCGUGGGUCGAGUGGAGGUGGCACAAAAGGCGGAACUUUGGACCACUCAGGGUCACAGGUCAUCCUCCACAGCCCCCGCACCCCCGCCUCGGCUACCGGGUCGGGGGCAGUUGGAGGCGCACCGAUCAGGGGGCCAACGGUCGAAGGCUGUGACAUAGCCUGUCAGACCGAACAAACGAACUUCGUGGAAACAUUGACGCCACAGUACACACCCGGAGCACCAUCAAGUGCCAUGCAGACCCUGGAGGACAGAGUUGCUACGCUUCAAAUGCAACAGGAGAUGGAAAAUCUUCGUGGGGAGAUACGUGACCUUAAUGAAAAGUUGGAAACUCUUAGAGUGAAGCGGGCCCAAGACAAGGAGAAGCUAAAGGAGGGAGAGAAGAUAAAGCUACAGUAUGAGCAGCUGGUCGAGUUCAAGUCUCGUAUUAUGGAGUCUCAGAACCAGCUACAACGUGAGCUCCAGAAGGCCAAGAUUGAAGCACGAGAGGCCAUAGAAGCCAAAGACCGCCACACAGAGGAUACUCAGGAGCUAACUGAAACUGUGGAAAUGUUGACACUCGAUAAGGAAAUGGCAGAGGAGAAGGCAGAAACUUUGCAACUGGAACUAGAUCAAGCAAGAGAAAAGGUGGAAGAACUGACACUUGAUUUAGAGAUCCUGCAAGCAGAAAUGAGUGGAAGCACUGUUUCGGGUGACUCUGGGGUCUCCUCCCUACAGGUCAAGCAGCUGGAGCAGCAGAACACACGUCUGCGGGAUACUCUUGUCAAAAUGCGUGACCUCUCAGCACACGACAAACAUGAACUACAGAAACUGCAGAAAGACAUGGAAACUAAGAAGACUGAACUUGGUGAUGUUGCUCGUGCCAAAGACAAGUUGGCCGUACAGGUUGCUGAGCUGGAACAAACCAUCUCGGAUCUUCAGGAUCAGGUGUUAUGAGAGAGCGUGAAGCUGCCAAUGAAGUCAUUGUUGACCAGGAUACAACUAUUAGAAAGUUCCGUGAGCUUGUGCAGAAGCAACAGGAGCAGAACUUAGACCUGCGACAUUCGUUAGAGAAAGAGACAAACAAGCCCAUUGGUACACCAUCAGAGAUUAUUGACUUUAAGAAAAUGUUCACAGAGACCAAGGCUCAUAGCAAAGCAAUUGACAUGGAACUGCGGCGUCUUGAGGUGGCUCAAGCUAAUCAACACGUUUCAUACCUGACACAAUACAUGCCUGACAACUUUAUGACUCGUGGAGGUGACCAUGAUGCUGUGCUUGUGUUGCUGUUGGUAGCAAGGAUGAUAUGGAAAGCUGACAUUGUUGUGGGUGGUAUACGAGACAAGUAUCCUGUGCCAGACGUUAUCGAUCGUAACACUGUUCUCAAAUCUCAUCAAGUUGAGCAGUAUGCCUUUUCAUCUCGCCUCCUACAACUUCUGUACACAAUGCAGACACUUCUUCAUCAAUAUCAACAUGUGCUUGGUACGUGCAGUGUAGAGGUCUUCCUCAAGCUUGGAACUUUAUAUCCUGAGAUGGCCUCACAUGAACGCAAUAUUGACUUCUAUGUCGAUCUCCUCAGGAAAGAUCAGCUGGAUGAGAACAUUCCUACCGAUGCUCUUGAGAAGACAGUCUCGUACUUCUCCUCAAUGUACCCGGCUCAUCUUGCCUCAGAGAAAAUGGACCAAACCCUCUACCUCAGUGAUGUUGCCAGAGUGUUGUCAUCUGCCACUGAUGCCACUUCCACCUUCAGUGCCACUAUCAUCACUGUUCUUCAUCCUCAGCAUGAAACUUGUGAGGUAGCAAUGUUAUGUAAAGAUAUCAGUGCUGCCAGUAAAGAAAUCCAGGGAGCUGUGCGUAGGAUCCGCCGACGCAUGCCGCAGGAUGGCUCUGUUGGCCCUCUCAGCUUCCCUCAGGAUAUCCAGGAUGCUCUCACUGGAGCUGUUAUGCAAAUGAACAAUUCAUCAAGAGCCUUGAAACAUGUGAUGAAGGCAUGCUUACAACAGGCUUCCUUACUAUCGGAUUCUGAUAAUGGCAUCACUGGCGACAAGUUAAAGGAGUUGGCACACCAGGCCACAGAUCUCAUCUAUGGUGGAGAAGAUUUAGGUCCUGAAUCCAUCAGGCUGUCACUGCAACGCACUCAGAACGAAAUUUGCCGAAUUGCCAAUGUGCUUGAAAGGGGUGAAUACGACUUUGAUGGCACAAUGGAAGAGAGGUUGGUGCCACCAGUAACUUUAAGAGCCCAGGCUCGUAAGAAUGAAAUGAAGGACACUGAGCAUGUCAAGUACAAAUUAGAAAAUAAGGAGCAAGAUAUUAAAGACCUCAAACUCACACUCAAACAGAAGAAUGAAGAACUGAGCGAAAUGACAGUCAGGCGAGAUCUUGCAGAGAAGAAACUCUCGACAGCGACCAGGGAUGCAGACAUAACCAUAGAAAAACUGCAGAGGAAACUAGAUGAUACCUUAAUGAUGCUACGACGUAAAGAAAAGGAAUAUGAUGAAACAAUGGACCAUCUCCAGAGUGAUAUAGAGAGCUUGGAGUCUGAGAAGGGGGAACUGCGAGAGAAACUCAAGGCACUCAACAAGAAGACACUCUAUGAAGCUCUCUCAAAGUCUUCACCUUUAACAGGUCACAUAUCACCGUCAUCUCCCACAACCCCAUCUGGAAGUGGGUCAGCUCCAGCGGUGGGUGGAGGUAUGGUGAGGGACUCCCCCUUGCUAUUGCAACAAAUUUCUGACUUAAAAACAGCUUUGAACCAUGCCACAGCUGCCAGUCACUAUGCCACAGCCCACCGCAUGCUUCAUCAAAUGGCCUCUCUCAAGCCCAUCAAGGUGCAGAAAUUAGGUAGUGUUGGAGAAGAGAAGAGAGAUGUGGGCAAGGAUGAGGAUGAAUCAGAGGAGAAGCAAGUAUUAGAGUGCAUAAAUCGCUUAAAGCGACGUACAUCACAACUUCAGAAGGAGGUAAACUCGAUAAUGACAGGUGUGCAGGUAGUGGAUCUAAGCAAACGGCGGCCAGCCACGCAACCUGCCAAUGACUCUGCUUCACCUGCAUACCACCUCAUCAACAACAACAACAAGCUCAACCAUCUUCGCUCAGAUAUUGCCUCACUACAGGAUGAAAUUACUCGAAUGUUGGCUGUCAGCAAACCAGGAGGCAGCGUCACCACAGCCUUCUCGACUUUUCCCUCUCCGCAGCUCACUAAGGUACUGGCUGAGCAGGAAUUGGUGCAAAUUGGAUGUGUCAGAGUGCCAGGGUCAAUUUCCAAGUCAGCAUCAAAUGAGCCCAUACCAGUUGUUCUCCAGCCGGAUCACCUUAGAGCCCUACACCUUCGUCUCUUGCAGUAGAUGAUGUCCAUACUGGAUUAGAUGCAAGUUCAGUCAUCAUGGAACUGCUGUUCCCCACUUCCAUCAGCCUUGGUAUACAAGGUGAAAAUAUACUUGUGAUAUAGAAAAGUUUAGUGUAAAUAAAUGGAUAACCUAUUUUGCUUACAUUUAAAGAAGGGGGUUUGUAGAAUUUGUGCUUCAAGUUUAGUCAUUUAUCCUAUGCAUUCUACAUUUAAAAGGGGCUAAAUUGGUUUUGCAACUCAAAGCUAUUUUUAAGGUACACGAACAAAUCAAUACUGUAUGUACUGUAUUAUGAAUUAUAAAAUGCAGUUGUAGUUUUCUUAUUUAUUAGUAAUAGCAAUUUAAGAUAACAUGUGUUAGAAGAUUAGCUGAGAUAAAGCACACUGCCUCUUAGUAAUAACAGUAUUUGUUAUUUUCUUAGUACAGUAAUAACCAUGUUGAGAAAGGUGUAGGUUACCACCAAUUAAGUGAAUUGCUAUCCUAUUAUAAUUUUAUAUUUAUUACUCACUGAGCUUUGCAUUGACUUGAGUAGUAUUGUGAUGAUGUAAAUGGUGCCACUAAUACCAUGUCAGUAUAUUUUGCUGCUUUCUCUGUGUAUUUUAUAUCAUUUUUAUAGAUUGCUAAAGGUGGAGGUUUAGUGAAAUUAUAGUUGUUAAUUAUAUCACAAGACACAUCGAGGGUGUUUCACAGAGUUGUAUAAGUACUUGCCUUUAUCUGUUACCAUUCAUAACAUUGCUCUUACAAGUUGCUAAAAUACAUAAAAUGCAUGAA